AUGAUCAUGCUGGACCCCUUUUACCGCAGCAUCCGCGGCUUCCAGGUGCUCAUCGAGAAGGAAUGGGUCUCGUUCGGUCACAAGUUCUGUCAACGCACUGGCGGCCCCGCGGACGGCGGUUCACCGCUUCCGUCUCCGCUGGCCGGGGACCGGUCUCCGUUGCCUCUGACCCGCAGCAGUUCCGAGGAACGCUCACCCAUCUUCCUGCAGUUCAUCGACUGCGUCUGGCAAAUCACCCAGCAAUUCAGUGGCGCCUUCGAGUUCAAUGAGGGCCUCCUCAUCACUAUCAUGGAUGAGCUCUAUGCCGCCCGGUUCGGGACUUUCCUUUUCGACUGUGAGCGCCAAAGUCGAGUCUACAAGGCGCGUCGGCAGACGGUCUCACUGUGGGCCUACAUUAACGCCAACCGCCACCUCUACGAGAACCCCACCUAUGUCCCAGCUGAAAGCAGUGGUCAUCGAGUCAUCCUACCGAAUCAUUCAGUCGCCAACUUGCGUGUCUGGAUCCGAUACUUCCUACGGUGGGAUCCCAGCUUGCAGUGUCAGGAGCCGGUGGCGGUGCACAACGCAUCUCUCCUCAAGAAGAUGGAGAAAUUUCGGAGUUUGCGUAGCAAGCACUCCCAAAACGGCGUCGUCCGGCAUUCAUCCACUACCACCUAG